UCAUCUGCUGCCUGCUAGAAACAAACCGUGGUCCCUAUGUACAAUGGGCGCGAUUUUCUCGUAUGGUAUCACAUACUCCAUUCCACUGCGGGGCACUACCACAGGCCACAACCGAAAUUUCGUACAUCCGGGGAAGACGACACUGUACGCUUUAAUCAUCUUAUUACUGUAUCAAUAACAUCUAUAUCCAGAUCAUUCAGCGCACGGUCUUUGAGAAAUCCGCUGCGCGAGGAUCGUUAUCAUAAGGGUGGUUGUUUUCCUCUGAGUCGUUAUUAUUCAGACACACCUAAUCUACAUUGCAUCAUAAUCAAAGGUGCCCUCAAGGUGACAGGACAAUGUCAGAAGCCCUUUUCCUCACAUUCCAGUCUCAGCUCUCCGUUGUCAUGGAGACCAUCCUCAAAUCAGCCAUGUUUGAGAUAACCAGGCUGGUGGAGGACAGCUUCCUAGAGGAAGUUGGUCGUCGUAAACAGGAGGUGGAACUCUUGAGACUAAGGCUGCAGUUGUCUGAGAGUAAACUGAGGGAAAGAGAAUGGGAACCGGGUAGAAAGUGCACAGACUGUGGCCGAACAGGAGAUUCCAGCACCAGAGAAGAGAGCCGACCUGUAGAGAUAGUUCGAGGCCUAACCCUGAGAGAUCAGUCUACCAAUGGACCUCCAUUGACUGAAGACGCAUGGAGCACUAGACAGCAACUGGAAUCUAACAUACACACAGCAACACACUCACUUUCUAAAGAGAAGCGUGAUGUACACAGACAGAGUGCUAAAGAGAUCACCGCACCUCACACAAACUCCAAUGCACAGAUUCCUCAGGAUGUUCUGCAGCGACUUCUGGGCAAUGCAGCUGUUCAUUGUGAGUCCACUAGUGAUUUUAGACCCAGAGUGAGUGAUGUAGACAAAUCUGAAAAGGACUUCACUCUUGAUAAGGAAAUGGACUUAAAUUACUCAAGACUUUUACAAAGUCCUUUGGCUGAGGAUAGGCAUGAGGAUUUGGCACCAUCUUCACCAAACAGUAGGGUAAAAUCAGAGACAGAGCUGGAUCUUCAACCGGUCAAGGAGGAGGAAGAGAUGGUUCCGGUGUGGGAAAGCGAUAGAGAUGACGGUUGCCAUGCAGAAAUGGCUGAUCCGAGUCUCGGAGUGCUCAGAGGGUCUAGUGAUCAGGAGGAGAUACAGGUAGAAAGCUUUCCAAGUCUAAACUCUCUCGAAAUGCCAGACGCCGCCUCAUUUUUCACACCUUAUUCAGUGAACACAUUGGUACAUCAAGGUAUUAGGGCACAACAUAUUCAUUUAAGCACAACAGAGCUGGUGCUAUCCAGCUUACCAGGGAGGUCAAAUUCACUUGUCCAACAAGAAAACAGACCAACUCAUGGUUCAGAAAGUUCUGUCCCCUGUUCUCAUGAUGAUGUUUGUCCAAGCGGGAAAAAAAUCAGCCACUCACAACACGCAAAGCGUGAACAAAUCCAUGCAGAAAGAUCCCACCGUUGCACCCAGUGUGGGAGAACUUUUGUGAGAGCGUGUGACCUCAGGGCUCAUAUGCUGAUCCACAAAGGAAAGAAACCUCUAAAUUGUACCCAGUGCGAUCAGACGUUUGCGUACAACUUUGAGCUCAAGGUUCACCAGCAACACCACUCAGGGGAGAGACCACACGUCUGUCCACACUGCGGCAAGGCCUUUGCUCGGCUGAGCAACUUCAAGCAGCAUCAGAACAUCCACACGCGGGAGAAGCUCUUCAGUUGUAAUCAAUGCGGGAUGAGGUUCAAUCGAGCCACCAACUUGCGAGUCCAUCUCAGAAGACACAGCCACGCGGGGAAGACUUAUAAUUGCCCUCAAUGUGGAAAGAGCUUUUUGGGUCCCAGGCAAAUGAAGGCUCAUUUACUGAAAAUCCAUGGAAGAGGAGGGAAAUAAAUCCAUCUACAUUUCAACUUAAGAAACAGCAUUCAUAUUCUUAUUUUACGUCAAAUUCAAUUUGAACUGAUCCUCAAUUGGUCUGAUGUUUACAUGUUAUCAAUGGUGUGCCCUGUUGGGGUAUAUUAAAUUAUCCCUAGUCCACACAUGUUUGAUCCUUGAGAAUGGAAACUCCCUUUUGCUAUUUGACCCAAAUCCCAUACCUGAAUCCAGCGACAUUAUAAUACACCCAUAUAGAGCUAGGAGUGGUGAGAGCUCAGGGUGAGCCAAACUACAGUUGCAACCAGUCACACAAGCAGCAGAAAGAACAUUGGAGGACAUAACAUGCUGUAAAUAAUCUGAACAAUCCAUUUGCAAUAAUUUACAUCUUAAAGACACCCAAACACCUGUAAAGCACCAGGACAAAUCCUUAUGCAUGGAAUCAUUUUAAACAAUAUAUUAAUACUAAACGAAAACAAUAAAAACUUUUUGAAAGUUAGUUUGCUACUUCAAUUUCCACAACUAUAUAAGGUUCCCUAUAGUUUCAAGACCCCUGGCUUGUAUAGAGUGCAACAGUCUGGUUCCAGAAGUAAAUAUCCUAUUCAUGUAUUCUAUAGGUGAAGUGAUUAAUAAUGAUAACUUAUAAACGUUUUAAGACAGACCUACCUUGAGCUCAGAGGUUCCUUGAUGAUAUAGAGCUUAUUCACAGUAGCGCCAUCUUUGAUUUUUAAUGGGAAUGAAAACAAGGUUGUGAGGGAUAUACUUACCAUCUCUUCAGUGGCACGUAUGGUACAAAGCUGUAUAAAGCUUCUAGAUCACAUCUGAUGUUCCACAACUCAUGUUGUCUGGAGUUCUUUGUAUACUGAAUGGAAAGAUAUUUUUUUAAUGUUUUGAUCGUGGAAUGAUCCAAAAACACUUUAAAGUGGAGGACAGCCCAUUGAAGAGUCUGUACAUCUGUCCCUCAAAGCCUCAUUGUUAUUCCCGUCAAAAAUCUAAGAUGGCUGAAUAAGGUCUAUUUGCUUCUGUUGAAGUCAUCAGUCUGCAUAAUUUCAACUUCAUUUUUUUAAUAUUGUGUUUACUAGCACUUUUUACUGAUAAAGAACUAUACUAUCCAUAUUCCAGCACAGAAAGAUCCACCAAUCGGAGAAUCUCAGCCAACAAAAUACACUGAAAGAGCCCAGUAGCAACCGUCCACUCCCAUGAUGCACUGUGAAUGACAUCAAUAUGCACACAGUCUUGUACCUUUUGUCUUUUUGUCCGAUUUUCAAAUACUUUUUUGUUUCAAAUCAAAGUUUGAAAUGAUGUGAUUGACCUUAAAGCUGGUUGGAAUGGUUCCUGGCUAAAAACCCUUUUAAGAAGGAUUUUAUGAAAUCCCUAUGGAUAAUAUGAAUGGGAAAAAUACAGUUGAAGUAAGGAGUUUACAUACACUUAGCAAACUAUAGUUUUGGCAAGUCGUUUAGGACGUUAGUCGUUUUAUCUACUUUGUGCAUGACACGAGUAAUUUUUCCAACAAUUUUUACAGACAGAUUGUUUCACUUUUAAUUGACUAUAUCACAAUUCCAGUGGGUCAGAAGUUUACAUACACUAAAUUAACUGUGCAGCAGCUUGGAAAAUUCCAGAAAAUGAUGUCAAGCCUUUAGGCAAUUAGCUUCUGAUAGGAGGUGUGCUGAAUUGUAGGUGUACCUGUGGAUGUAUUUUAAGGCCUACCUUCAAACUCAGUGCCUCUUUGCUUGACAUCAUGGGAAAAUCAAAAGAAAUCAGCCUAGACCGCCACAAGUCUGGUUCAUCCAUGGGAGUAAUUUCCAAAUGCCUGAAGAUACCACAUUCAUCUGUACAAACAGUAGUACACAAGUAUAAAAACCAUGGGACCACGCAGCCAUCAUACCGCUCAGGAAGGAGAUGCAUUCUGUCAACUAGAGAUGAAUUUAGUUUGGUGCUAAAAGUGCAAAUCAAUCCCAGAACAACAGCAAAGGGCCUUGUGAAGAUGCUGGAGGAAACAGGUAGACAAGUAUCUAUAUCCACAGUAAAACGAGUCCUAUAUCGACAUAACCUGAAAGGCUGCUCAGCAAGGAAGAAGCCAAUGCUCCAAAACUGCCAUAAAAAGCCAGACUACAGUUUGCAAGUGCACAUAGGGACAAAGAUCUUACAUUUUGGAGAAAUGUCCUCUGGUCUGAUGAAACAAAAAUGGAACUUUUUGACCAUAAUGACCAUCGCUAUGUUUGGAGGAAAAAGGGUAAGGCUUGUAAGCCGAAGAACACCAUCCCAACCAUGAAGCAUGAGGGUGGCAGCAUCAUGUUGUGGAGGUGCUUUGCUGUAGGAGGGGCUGGUGCACUUCACAAAAUAUAUGGCAUCAUGAGGGAGGAAAAUUAUGUGGACAUAUUGAAGCAACAUCUCAAGACAUCAGCCAUGAAGUUAAAGCUCAGUCGCAAAUGGGUCUUCCAAAUGGACAAUGACCCCAAGCAUACCUCCAAAGUUGUGGCAAAAUUGCUUAAGGACAACAAAUCAAGGUAUUGGAGUGGCCAUCACAAAGCCCUGACCUCAAUCUGAUAGAAAAUUUGUGGGCAGAACUGAAAAAGCGUGUGUGAGCAAGGAGGCCUACAAACCUGACUCAGUUACACCAGUUCUGUCUGGAGAAAUAGGCCAAAAUUUCAGCAACUUAUUGUGAGACGCUUGUGGAAGGCUACCCAAAACAUUUGACCCAAGUUAAACAAUUUAAAGGCAAUGCUACUAAAUACUUACAAAGUGUAUGUAAACUUCUGACCCACUGGGAAUGUGAUGAAAGAAAUAAAGCUGAAAUAAAUCAUUCUCUCUACUAUUAUUCUGAGAUUUCUCAUUCUUAAAAUAAAGUAGUGAUCCUAACUGACCUAAGACAGGGAAUGUUUUCUAUGAUUAAAUGUCAGGAAUUGUGGAAAAACUGAGUUAAAAUGUAUUUGACUAAGGUGUAUGUAAACUUCUGACUUCAACUGUGCUUCCGUAACCAGGACGGCUGAAAAUGUAGGACCGUAACGCUCUAUUUAGAAUCAGAAAUGAUUGAAUGACUUCAACAGGAAUUGUUUUGCUGUUGUAUUAUCAAUGUAAAAUAAUUUUUAUAUUUUAUAUAAUGUUUUUGUGUGCCCUCAAUAUCAUAUCUGCUAAUAAUAUUUUAGUAUAAUUUUAAUAAAAUGAUGCCCUGACAUUCUAAAUUGUGAUCAAUAAAACUAAAUUGUCAAUUCAAAAUAUGAAAAAGGUAAAAUAAGUAUUGAUCCAACAUUCAAAGUAUUCUGUUGGGAAAAAGUAAAUUAACUUUAAGAUUUGCUGAGUGAGCAAUGACUGCAGCCAAACAUGCUAUAUUCCAUAGAAAUCCAUUUCAAAACGCUACAUUUCAUCCACUUCAGUCAUUUUUCCAUGGUACUUCUUUGUAUUCCCUAGUAUUAUGCCUUGAUUUUUGUCUUGAAGUGAUUGUUAUCGAACAACUGCUCCUGGGUAGAAUAACACUAACAGAAUAACACCAAUUUCUUACAUGUACAUUGUAUACUAUAUUAAUGGGGGCCCAAGUCUUUACUAAUUACUGUUUAGUAUUAGCUGGAAACUUUUUUUUUUCUUUUUUUUAAAAGAAAGGUUCAACCAAACUGACCAAAAUAUUAAGAAUAGGCAUCAGAUUCAAAUGAUCCUUAGCAUAAAGGACAUUAUACGAUGAUUUGAAUUAUUUUUCUGACAAAAGCAGUGCAUGUAAGCAAGAUGUGUUCAAAAAGACUUUAAAUUAUAGAGACUUUUAAUUUGAUUAUUGUUGUUUGUUUAGAUAAUUUGUAUUCAUUAUUUUGACUUAAAUGGAGAAAAUAACUCAACAAUGUGACACUGAAACAAGACUACAGAUAUUUCUAAAAUGUUUACAAACAAACCUUCUGCACUUCAUAUGAAAUAUAUCGUCUUAAAUGAACAUUGUCUCAGCUGUGUUAUUGCAGACCCGACUUCAUGUCUUUAAUAAAAAAUAAACAGACAGAGAAAAAUAAA